AGAUACUGAGAAGCUGGUGCUGUGAUGCUUUGGACUAACUGAUGGAAACAGAGCUGAUUAAAGUAAAGGAAGAAACUGGAUCAGUAACUCUCCCAACCUGUUGUCUGUGUCAGGAGGAGCUACCAGACUUUUCUGGAUCCCCAGGGCAGACUCCACAGUGCCAGGCCUGCAAAAGCAUUGUUUUGGAGCCUGGGAACUGGUUGCCUGACAACCUAGAGACCCAGGCCCUCCCUGCUGACAGACCUUAUGGUUGUUCUUUUUGCCCCAAGCGCUUCAAAAGGGCCUCAGACCGGCGUGACCAUGAGCGGGUGCAUACGGGAGAAAGGCCUUACGGCUGUGGUAUCUGUGGUAAGCGCUUUACUCAGAGUUCGGUGCUUUCUGGCCACAUGCGUAUUCAUACUGGUGAGCGACCUUUCCAUUGCACAGUCUGCUUAAAGUCUUUCAACAAUGGCUCCAAUUUUCGCAAACACCAACGUAUCCAUGGACAACCAUAUGAAUAUGGUCCCAAGGGGAAGGAUGGGAAGAACUGUACCAUCCUUCGGGGGAAGAAGCAGCAUCAGGCCACAGGCAGUAACCAGUGGCAAAGCAAGAUACUGAGUCAAAAUGGCCACCAAAGCAUCAAGGAACUGAGAGAAGGCGGGAACAGGGCCCACAAUCUUGUUGGGAGACAAAAUGGCCCUUAUGUUAAUGGGCUUCUAGGCCAAGAUGGUGGUAACAACAGUCUAAGGCAACUUGGUAAUAAUGUAGGUCAUUUUAAGAGGAUGAAAGUAAGGCAAGGUGCCACUUACUGUGGCCCUAACCUUGAAAUGAGACAUGGAAGUGUCCGACUUAAGGUAGGUGAUAGCAAAGGAUAUAUUGGUGAACAGGGGGGAAAUGGAAACUGCAGCCUUGAACAAGGGGAAGCUCAAAAUGGCCACAGGUUCAGACUUCUGAAGUAUGGUAGUGGGGGAAAUCACACUAAAGGCCUGAAGUCAAGGAAAGCAGAGGAAAGUGACACUCAGGGAGACCAGAAACAUGUUGCCAGCUAUAGUGGUAGGUUACAGUUAGAUGUUGUCAGCUAUGGAAAAGGCCUCUUAUCAGUGGGUGGCAAUAUUCAUAGCCAAAAUGGUAGUGUCAGGGGCUACAACUUAGACAGGAGGCCUAACGGAGGCUACCUCAAAGGGCUGAAGCACACCAGAGGAAAGGACACCAUUGCAGACAUGAAACAGAAUGGCACUGGGGGAAGUCCAAACAGUGGGCUGAGGCAAAUCCACUAUGACCACUCCACAAAGCUGAGACAAAAUGUCAGCCAUGAAGGGCAUGUCCAUGGCAUGAGUGAAAAUUGCACCAGCCAUUUUGGAGAUCUGAGCCAUGAUGCUAGCACCGGCAAGGAGAAACAGGUGAACUUUCAAACAUGUACUCCUGGAAACAUGAAUUCUCUAGUGCCUAAAAUGUCUGUGGGAACUUGUCCUGAAAGGGGGGAUAUCAUGGUCUGGGAAAAGUCUGAUAUGGAGACCAUGAAGGAAAGAGAGGAACUUGAAGAAUGUUGUCCCUUUGACAGGCGCCCCGGUUCAUCCUCUUGGGCACCAGGCAUCUCCAAUGCGUGCUCUUCGCCUUAUGACCUCUCAGUGUCCCCCCACCACUCACUGCAAGACCAAUUCAGCAGCACCAUUCAGCCCUGGGAAGGAGAGAGUCCUACCUGCUUUCCUUUCCAAGAUUCUGAGCCUUAUGCUCAGCAUUCCCAAUCAGACUUUGAUUCCAAGCCAUUCCUGUGCUUUGCAUGUCCCAAGCAGUUCCGGCGUGCUACUGAUUUGAAGGAGCAUCUGCGAGUACAUACAGGUGAAAGGCCCUUUGGCUGCUCCGUCUGUGGUAAGCGGUUCACGCAGAGCUCAGCCCUGGCAACUCACCGCAGGCUUCAUACUGGGGAAAAGCCCUUUGAAUGCACCGUGUGCUGUCGGCGCUUCAAUAACUCUUCCAACUUUGCCAAACAUCGCCGGCUUCAUUUGCAGGAGAGCACAGGAAGUGGCAAUAAGGGUGUGGAGAAAAUAUCACGGAGUGUCAAGCCACAGUGACUGCUUCAGAGGGUUUUAUCGAUGGUAUGUCGUGGAAAGUGCUGUCAAGUCAAAGCUGAGGGAGGGCAACCCCGCAGAGAUUUCAAGUCAAAGUGGGUUGCUACUGCGUCACACUCCUGGUCUUCCUUGGUGGUCUCCCAUCCAAUUACUAACCAGGGCUGACCCUGCUUAGCUACAGAGAUCUCAUGAAAUGCCUGGGCUAUCCAGAUGGCAUAUGGUAGCUGAAAUCAGAGCUGUGAUAAUUCCUACACUGUAAUACUGAAUUCAGCAUUCAUUCAGAACCUCAUUUUCUCGUUUCAAAGUUCCUAGUCCUUCAGGCUAUGAAGAGGCCAAAAUAAGUGGACAAAGUGGGGCUGAAAAGAAGCUGAGCAAAAUUUGUAGUGAAUCAGUGCCUUGUGUAGUUGUGUGUCCCCUCCCGAGGAUAGCAGAAGAAAAAAAUAAACAAGGAUCUGCUAA